UAGUGAUGGUAACCCUGUCCCUGUCCCGUCUCGUCUCCUUCUCCCUCUUCAUAAGAGUGUGUCUGGUCUUGUACGGGGAGAUCCACGACUCUCACUCCUUGUUACAGUACACAGAUGUGGAUUACAAGGUGUUUAGUGACGCCGCGCGACACGUGCGCUCGGGGGCUUCACCUUACCAACGCCUUACCUACAGAUAUACACCGCUGCUGGCAGUCCUGCUGCAGCCCAACACGAUCCUGUCCUGUUUCGGUAAGCUGCUCUUCACUGCCGGAGAUCUGGUUAUUGGAUAUCUCCUCUACAAGAUAUUAUCUAGUAGCGGACACGCCCACAACACCUGUAUCACAGGCUCAGCCCUCUGGCUCCUGAACCCCAUUUCAGCGGGGGUAUCCACCCGAGGUAAUGCGGAGUCACUGCUGGGUGUUGUGGUUCUGUUCGCACUUUAUGCUGUGAAACAGAACCGACCUGUUUCUGCAGGGGUUGCACUGUCGUUAGCCGUACAUCUCAAGAUUUACCCCAUAAUAUAUUCCCUUCCUUUGUAUUUGUAUCUCGCGUACUGUGUCCCGGGCCAUCAUUCCUUUUUUAACAGCAGAACUAUUCGAUUUGUUGCGUCAUUUGUUGCGGUACAAGCUGUCUUUUUGUCGACAUUUUACUAUUUGUACGGCUACGACUUUAUCUAUGAGAGCUUUCUUUACCACCUAGUGAGGACAGAUACUCGCCACAACUUCUCACCCUAUUUCUACCUACUGUAUCUGACCAAAUACGCUCCUAUUGGUCAACUCACCAGCUUGAUUCGGUUCCUCUGUUUUCUCCCCCAAGCUGCCCUCUCAUCACUGUUUGCGAUAAAGCAAUAUGCUAAUCUCGAGUUGUGUUUGACCCUGCAGACCGUGUCUUUUGUAAUGUUCAACAAAGUUUCCACAUCUCAGUACUUUUUGUGGUACUUAUGGCUGCUGCCCUUACUCUACCCCUGUCUGAACCUGAGUCUAGUCAGAGCCUGUUCUCUUGUUGGUGUCUGGUUUGCUGGACAGGGACUGUGGUUGUUAACCGGCUUUCUGGUGGAGUUUGAGUGUGCCAACUAUUUUCUGCUCAUGCACUUUGCGUCUUUGUUCUUUUUGUUGUCGCAGUCUUGGAUUGUUUGUUCUUUGAUUCGGUCAUCUCGAACUGUGACUCCUAAGAAAAUGGACUGACAAUAUUAUGUUUAAUGUCAGAUUGACAUUAUGGACUAAUUUCAUUUUUUCUUUAGUCCAACCAGACGCCACAUAGCAUAGUGACUAGUAAGAGCUCAAUUAGACAUCAAUAGCAGCUCUACCUUUACAGCUUUAAAAAUAUAGAUCAAGUAUUUAUCUCUUUCACUCCUUACCAACCGCUAAUGAUAACGCUACAGCGCAUUGUCUGAAUUCCUGUACAGAAGUUUUCUUUGAUAUAUUUAUGUAAAAUGUGUGCACUCUCGCCGUUAUUACCUUAGAGUUACUGAACUUUGUUGCGAUAUUGUUUGAAGAAUGUAACUUGGUGUUGGACACCAGAGAACUUCACAUAGAAGUUAUCAUGUAGGAAUUGUUCCAAAAUGGUGAUAUCUGUAACACAAUAGCUGUUGUGAUAUAUAAUGAUAUUGUUUGUACCAUUUCGAAGUUGUAUUUCUCAAAUAUGUUUACGUUUUACUGCAACAUAC